AUUGUGUAUUAUUUGUAUCCUGACAAUAAUUUCUUAAAUGGCACAAUUAAUUAAAGUAACAUAUUGUGGUCUGGUUUAUCCAAAGAGGCUCUAGUCCAGAAGAUAAAAGGCUAAGAGGUCCAGGAAUGUCCUGUUCCUUUGGUCACUCCAGAGAUGUCCAAGAGGCCACUGAUCUCAGUGCUGUAGUGGUGGCCCUUUUGUAUGACUUGCCCUGGCUUAGUCCUUGGCUUGAAAGUUGGAGGAAAGUUCAUAGAGGGAGUGACUCCUGGUUUGAAAGACUCCUGUUCUUUUACUCUUCUAAUUGGUAGAGCAAAGUAUAAUUACUCCAAGUAAAUUUUGCAUUUUCCUUUGUGCUUUCCUUUGUUCUUUUUCCUUACAGUACUCUUUCCAUUCCUUACCCCAGUUUUUGAAAGAUUAAAUAUCUGUGUGUUUCCAAAGAGUGUUACUGACUUUUUCACAAAAUCCGUAAAAAAGAUGAAAGAAAGUCGCCUCAAAGAUAAACAAAAGCACCGAGUGGAUUUUCUCCAACUGAUGAUUAACUCCCAGAAUUCUGAAGAAACAGACACCCAUAAAGCUCUGUCUGAUCUGGAGCUCGUGGCCCAAUCUAUGACCUUUCUUUUUGCGGGCUACGAGACCACUAGCACUUCUCUUUCCUUCUUUGCCUAUGAAUUGGCCACUCACCCUGAUGUCCAGCAGAAACUGCAGGAGGAGAUUGAUGCCACUUUCCCCAAUAAG